AUGGAGAUCAUUGUGAAAAGAAGAUAUAUUGAGGAUCAGGCUAAUUUAACAUCGCUGACAAGUCGAUCAUUGCAACACUACAAACACUUAGAAACAUUGUCUAUAACCAAUUCUGGCCUUGAAUUUAUUGCACCAGAUGCCUUGAAGAAAAGCAAAGACCUUAGAAUUCUGACACUCCGAAGAAACCAAAUACGACUAUUGUCUUGGGAAGUAAUUGACGGACUACAGCUUUUGAGAUUAAGCUUAGAGAAAAAUCCUUUACCUUGCAACUGUUCUAGUCUAUGGAUAAAAAUUCUACAAAACCACACGUCCAUCCUUGAUAAUAGUGGUCAUCAUCUUAGGUGUAUAAAGGAAGAAGGAAACAGACAGAGCUAUCAGCUGUCAAAAGUCAAGAUACCUCAUUGUGAGUUACCAAGACUAAGAAUUACGCCAGGUAUUACCACAGUAAAUGAAACUGGAAGUACUGUGAUUAAAUGCGCAGCAAAAAAAGAUGUUGAACCAGAACCGGAAGUCAGCUGGGAAACAUACGACUUAAAGUCAAACUACACCCUGGUUCAGGGAAAUGACAAGACAAAGAUAGAAUUACACAUUCACAAUGCUAGUUCUGAUGAUAAUGGAUGGCUUAAAUGUGUUGCCUGGAGUUUGGCGGGAAAGAAAUAUGAAACGAGUAGAUUCAAUGUGUCUUAUGCUCCUAAGAUUCUUAGAUUAUCUCCACCCGUGAGGAAAUUUGAUUGGUGCAUAGGGUAUGAAGUACUCGGCAACCCUUUACCAUAUUUAGAAUGGUACAGAAAUGGGCAAAGAUUCAAUGACACCAAGUCUGCUUAUCAUUCUUCAUCGUCCGACGGAAUUGAUAACAAAACCGGAUGUUUGACGUUUGAAAUGACAAAUGGUCUCCAUAAUGGAUUGUAUAAACUUGUAGCAACUAAUAGUUAUGGAAGAGCAAGUAAAACAGUGGAAGCUGAUUUCAUUAAAUCUAGUUCCGGCGAUAGACCGCCAGAUACCAGACCUCUAGAUCAACCAAACCAACUGAAUACUGGAAGUCAUGCCACGGUAGAAAACUCCACUGCCAAAGAGAAAACUUCUGAUAAUAUGGUGAUUUACAUUGCUACCGGAAGUGCCUUGUUUGUUGUGAUUCUUGCAAUGACAGUUGUUGUUUUUAUGGUACGUCGAUACAGACAAAAAAAUAACAGGCCACCAAAUGUAACUCCUUUUACAUCUACAUCCUCACAUCGCCCUUUACUAAGUCCCACAUCUAGGCCUGACGAGAAGAAUGGACCUAUGAACCGAGAAUUGAUGCCCUUAAAACGCGUACAGAUUGCAGAAAAUCCACAAUAUCAUAAACAAUGUCGACCGAAAUGUAAUUCAUCAAUUAUCCACAUAAAAAUAUCGGACAUCACCUUUUUACGAGAACUUGGUGAGGGUGCAUUUGGUAGAGUAUUUCUUGGUUCCUGUAAUAACAUACCGUGUGAUACAGAAGUAACGAUGGUGGCUAUUAAAACAUUAAAAGAUGUCCAUGCGGAGAAUGCUAAAAGUAAUUUUGAUCGGGAAGCAGAACUUCUUACAAAUCUCCAACAUGAAAACAUUGUAACAUUUUAUGGUAUAUGUGUGGAAGUAGAAACGUACAUGAUGAUAUUUGAAUAUAUGGAAAAUGGUGAUUUGAACAAUUAUCUGAGGACGCAUGGACCUGACGCAAAAUAUUUGAGUAAAAACAGCUGCCAUGUGGAUACGUUAUCAGUAAUACAACUUUAUCAUAUAGCCAAUCAAAUUUCAAUUGGAAUGGUGUAUCUAGCGUCACAACAUUUUGUGCAUAGAGACUUGGCCACUAGAAAUUGUUUGGUUGGAAACAAUUUGAUUGUGAAAAUAGGUGACUUUGGAAUGUCACGAGAUGUGUAUAGUACAGAUUAUUACAGGGUUGGGGGUUCAACUAUGUUGCCUGUAAGGUGGAUGCCACCAGAGUCAUUACUGUAUCGAACAUUUACAGUCGAAUCGGAUGUUUGGAGUUUUGGUGUUGUAUUAUGGGAAAUAUUUACAUAUGGACGACAACCUUGGUUUGAACUUUCUAAUCAUGAGGUAAUUCAUUAUAUAACAAAUGGAAACUUGUUGGACUGUCCAAAUACUUGUCCAGAAGGUGUUUAUAAGAUCAUGUUAGGUUGCUGGCGACAGCAACCUCAUAAACGUUUUAGUAUGAAGGAGGUUCAUAAAAUGAUUGAAGAACUGUGCCUCUGUCAACCAACGUACCUUGAUUUGAUUGGCUGAAUUUGGAAAUCAUUUAUUGCUCAAGAUGACUUGUUGUUAUGAAAUAGACAUUUGUUUACAUGAAAGAUCGUGAUGAUUGGUGCUAUGGAAUAUAAUACAGCUAAACUAUUUGAUUGAGUAUCUCGUGCAUGAAACUUAAGUUUGCUUGUUGGUUUGUUUAUUGAACCGUGAAUUCUUUAUUUGCUAUUGUUAAUAACGAAACUAACUGGCCAAACAUGUUUUAUCCAUCAUCCUGCUGUUACCCUUACCAUGAUUUUAUUGUAGUAAUACCAGUUGUUACUUUGUUACUCUAUCAACAUGUAGUCAACAAAUUUAAUAUUUAAAUUUAUAGUCUACUUAGCAAACACACGAAGUUAGCUACAAUGUGCUUUGUUUAUCUUCAAGUAUAUAUGCUGUAAGUGUAGAUGGACAAACACUAUUUAGUUUGUUUUAUGGUAAUUAGUAUUCUACUAAAAGUUAUGAGCAUCGUGAAGAUUUUUGAUGGCCAUUCCAAAAAUGUACGAUAUAUUCAUAUAAAAUUAUUUCGGGUAUUCAUAUUUUCUCAUGUUGAAUUGUUAUACGUUAUUGUUUUAAAUGAUAAAUCCCCUGUUCAGAAUCAAAUAUUUCAUAGGAGAGAACAGCUAAUGGUUUUUAAAGUGCAGUUAGUAUAGCGAAAUCAGAUCAAAUAUAAAAGUAUAUGUACAAUCAGACAAAGCUAAGAGGAAUAAACUCUUGAUUGAAGUAAGUGAUUUAACAAAAACACAUUGUUAGCUGCUCCCAUAUGUUACGAUUUAAGCAAAUAAGGUUUUAUGUUUGUAUUUGGGAUAAUUUGAAAUUAAGUUGUCGAUGGUUUGAUUCUGAAAAGGUGGAUUUUGGAUAGAAAACCAGUAUUCAGGGAUAUUUUUUGUCAUUAUAAUGACAGCUGUAUCCAGCUUGCUGUGUAAUAC